CCAAAAUGGAGGUCAAGAAAUAUUUGUUGAUGUUCGCAUUCGUUAUUUUUUUAUUUAUUACCAGCUCUGAAAGCAAAAUAUUCAGUGAAGUACAGAAUGAAUUAUCAGAGCAUCGUGUGGUGCAUCUGAAUAGUGAAUCCCGGGUUGAUGACCAUCCUCAUAGAUUCAGGAGAGCGGUAGAUACUGCUGCUCAAAAACCACCCCCUGGAUUCAGCAUCCCAACACCACUUCCAGAUAAAAACCACAACGAAGCUGUGGUGCAUUGGUCUGGAGACAAUAGCAGUGUGAUAUUUGUGCUGACAAGGGAACAUCAACCCAAUGGGACAAUUGCUGAUAGCAGACUUUGGGGGUCAGUCGAUUAUGGUUCAACAUUCCAAGACAAGUCCAAAUUGUUCCCUAAAGGAACAGUCAUCAUAUACUUCUAUGUAGCUCCUCUCAAUAAGGAGAAGCUGGUAUUUACUGAUGUCAAGAACAAGCUUCUCUUCACAACUGACGAUGAGGGAAAGACUGUUCACAAACAAAAAAUUAGCUUUCGCCCUGAUCGUCUUACAUUCCAUCCAUAUCAUGAUGACUGGCUGAUGGCAUAUUCCUACAAUGACACUUCCUUGUAUGUAACGAGAGAUUUUGCCAAAACUUGGAUAAAAGUUCAAGAUCAUGUCGGAUCAAGGUCCUAUUGGGCUGUCAAAGAUCUUGAUAAGGAUGAUUCCACAAUUCACAUGGAGGUCCUCGAUCCAGUUGAAGUGACCUACUCCUACAAAGCGUGUGCAUUUCCCUACUGCAAAGAUGUUACAGUCGACAAGAGUCUGGGAAACAUUGACAUUCAUUCACUGACUGUGCAAGAUCAAUACAUUUUCGUUCAGAAAAGUACCGAUUUUUCGAGGAGUCAGCUGUUUGUAUCCUAUAAGCGUCAACCAUUCAGGGAAGCUCAUUUUGCCCCAAAACUUCAUCCCUUGGAUUUUAACAUCCUAGACAGUGACGAAGGUCAGGUUUUCCUGGCUGUGAACCAUCAAGAGAGAGUGGUCAACCUCUACCUCUCCGACGUGACAGGACGUUUCUACACCAAGUCAUUGGACAGCGUGGUCAAUCAACACACUACUGCAGGCAUCAUGGUUGACCUGUAUGAGGCCAAGGGUAUCAAAGGUGUUUUCAUUUCCAACCAAUUGGUCGCCGAGCAGACGGCAAAGACAUUCAUCACAUUCGAUAAGGGUGGUAACUGGUCGCUCAUUCCUGCCCCAGAAAAAGACAUCAAUGGAGAACCAACAAAAUGCAAAUAUCCCGAGUGUUCCCUACACUUGCACCUCUGGUACAGUUCCAGUUCCGAUCGGAACAUCCCUUACAUCCUCUCGGACCAGAAUGCUCCUGGAAUCAUCAUAGCCCAUGGUGUUCUUGGUAAUGAGCUGACGCUUCAAACAGCCAAUGUGUUCAUUUCCCGGAAUGGUGGUCUGACUUGGUCUGAGCUGUUCAAAGGAAGUUACAUCUUCAACAUCCUGGAUCAAGGAGGAGCAGUAGUUGCUGUUGAUAAUAAUGUCCAUUCACCGAUGAAUGAUAUUAGAUACAGCUGUGAUGAGGGGAUGACAUGGGAAAGUUACAAUUUCACAACAAAGCCAAUAAUCGUUGAUGGUGUCCUGAAUGAACCUGGGAUCACCACUCGUAUUGUCAGUGUCUAUGGUCAUGAAAAUCGAGAUGCAGGAUGGAUGAUCGUAAAGUUGGACUUCUCCAAGAUAUUAACUGUAAAGUGUAAGAGGAGUGACUAUCAAUUGUGGACACCUGCAGACGAGCUCGAGGGCCACGACUGCAUACUCGGUUCGAAGAUAACAUAUGAAAAAAGAAAACCGAAGGCCAAAUGUUACAAUGGUAAAGACUAUGUGAGGCAAAUUAAUACUACAGCCUGUCAGUGCACGGAAGAUGACUAUGAAUGUGACUUUGGCUAUGAGAAGACGAAUGGAAAGUGCAAUGUAUCAUCGUGGCUGGACCCUAAACUUCCCCGAGGAGACUGUCCUGACAGCACUAGCUACAAUAAGACUGAUGGAUAUCGUAAAGUCGCCGCUGAUAGUUGCCAAGGUGGUGACAUCCAUCCGACGACAGAAACAAAUUGUUCCCUUGUUGCCCCGAGUCAACUUUCCAUCAUUCCUCCAAAGAAGAUGGUUCUUAAAGUGAAAGAGUCGGCAAAUUUUACGCUUAUUCAAUGGCAGGGUACAAAGAAGACAACAACAUAUACUUGGAACUUUGGCGAUGGUCAUACGCUGCCUAACCUCAAAGGCUUUGAUGGCAAUUCGGUGCAGAAUCACUCCUACUCAUCAAGUGGUCAUUACGUAGUUAAUGUGACAGCCUCUAAUUCGGAAGGACGUGAUGUAGCUAAUAUCACAGUUGAUGUGCAAGAGGAGAUGCUAGCCCUACACGUUAUUGUACCCCACGGAGUACACAUCUACCACGAUAUCUCAUUCUAUGCCACGUUGAGUCCUGACAUAAAGUUUGGUGACACUUUUUAUGUUUGGCAUUUUGGGGACGAGAAGCAACAUGACAGACCCUUGCUCUCCUGGAAUCCCAGCGUACAACACAACUACACCAGGCCGGGGAUGUACACAGUUAUGGUUCAGGCAGCGAAUGCAGUCAGCACCGUAUUCCGGCGCUUCAAUAUCAUGGUCUACGCCAAAGUGAAGACUGUUCGCCUGUCGUUCUCUGUGAAUAUGGAAAUAGCAAACAAGAGGACUCCAGCCUGGAGACAUCUAUUUGAAACAAGUCUGAAGGAACAACUCAUGUCUGUGCUGGCCAUUGAGAGAAAUCGCCUCGAGGUUGUACUCCUGACAGUCAUUCCUUCUCGAGCAGACGUUUCCAUUUUGCCCUCACCAGAUGGCGCCGAUACCGAUUUGGACAAGGUUGCUGAUGAUUUAGUGAACUCUGCACAACAGCAUAAGAUCUACCUAACAGUGAAUGGGUACGGUGUUGUACAUGUGGUCAAUGCAUCCAUUCUACCUGAUAAUCUUCACCCUGCGAAGCCAACUUCUGAAAAGGAAAGGGACUUCACUGCUGUGUACAUUUGUGUUCCAAUUCUAAUCCUUGCCGUCUUUGUGUCUGCCCUGGUGGUAAUGCACUACAAGAAAAAAUUCAUGGAAUUCCGUCGGUAUUCACUGCUACGAGAUCGGAAUGCAACAGACGCGUUACUGGAUGAAGACGACGAUGACCCACCUCUCGACCCUAACCCAGAUUUUGGACUCGCGGAUGAUGACGAUUUAGUUGGAAAUGAGCCACCAGCUCUGGUUAUGAUGACGGGUGAUCGCUUACAUGGUGAAAACCAGGUAGAAUGUUAGCAGCAGGAUUGGUGCGUUUCACUUAACCCUCUAACCGCCACCGUCACCGAAUUGUGACGAGCACCUAUGCGUUAUUCAUUGAGUUUCAUUGAAAAGAUCGUCUGCUCCUCAGUUUUCCCGCCUACUGAUAGAUGGCGUGUAGGUAGUAUAUCGUUUCUAUGGCGGUUUCGAGGAAUCUAACUCUUCUCUGUUUCAAGCCACAGUCUUUUAAAAACAGGUUAUCGGAAAAAUCUUUAAAUUUUUUUUUUAAUUCUUCAGUUUAAGGGUUAACUAGGACCAAAAAACUACAAUUAUUGUGAUAAAUUUUGUACGGAAUCUCUUCCUGAUACGUUAAACCGUCAAUUUUUUGUGGGCGUUUUAUUUUUGCGGAUUUUCCAACAUGUGUUGAUUGAGAAAGCUGACUUAAUUCUCCUUAUCACAGUGCUGCAACAAAGCCUAAUUAUUCUACAGUAGAACCUCUCUAUCAAGGACACCAUCGGGACUGACAAAUGCUGUCCUUAAUAGAGAGGUGUCCUGAUUAGAGAGGUCAAAUUGAAUGGUAAGUACCAAUUUGGGACCAAAACUAGUGUCCUUAAUAGAGAGGUUGUCCUUUAUAGAGAGGUGUCCGCUAAGGGAUGUUCCACUGUAUUUUAAAUGGAAAUAUGAAGGAAAUCAGGCUUAUUUUUGGCCUCUCCUGAAAAGGAGGAAAUGUGACUUAGGUUGUUUUGGCCAGGCCUUCACAAAUGUGGACGAGAAUGUGUUAGACAUGUUUUAUUGGAAAGCUUAUAGAGUUAAAUAUGAUUGUUUGGUUGUGAUGUGUGUAUCAUUGAUUGAGAGGCCCAUGGUUGUGAUGUAUAUAGAUAGGUCCGUGAUGCAUGCUCCUUGCAUGCGUGGAGAGUGUCCCAAAAAAUACAACAAGGAUUUAAGAUUUGAUUUUUCUAUUGUUUGGGUGCAAGUGCAUCCAUUUUUUUAACGAUCAAUUGGAAUAGUUCGUAUCUAUAUUCUGGUCCAAUCACAUAUGGUAAAUUUGAGUUUUUGGAUAGUCAUAAAUUCCAAGGACAAUGUAAGUAUGAGGUAUUUUGAAGGGAAUACUGUUAAAAUCUUCGUAUUAUUCUCUCGAAUGUAAAUCUGGAAGUUCAACUUUGAAUAUCAUUGCCUCAGAUGCUUUACAUGUGCUUCAAGAUCAAACUAAAUGAUGUGAUACUGUUUUAUUCUAAACUCUACAUUGUCUUCCUGUAAGAUGUGACGAAAGUUACUCCUGCUACUCUACACUCAGAUCUUCUCAAUCUUGUUGAAGUUCCCAUCUUUAUAAAGCAUUGGGUUAAAAGACAGAUGAGGUCAAUUUUGUUGGCAAUCUUUGAUGUUUAGAGAUAAGAUUGUUAAAAAAUCAUCACUGUGUUAUCCUAGACAUAAAGAGGAUUUUUUAAAGGGAGAGAAAACAGUAUUCUUAGUGCAGAAACUCGAGUUUUGGCUGCUAGUCUUAGAAGUUGCUAUCAUGAUGGGUCUACAUUAAGACCAGAUGAAAAUUGUACAUGUAAAUGUUUCCAAAGAUGCUGCGUCAACGUGUUUAAGCCAGUCGGGACAAGGCGUACCUCAUCUGGCUUAAUGACGUCAACACAGUAAGUUUCCAUUUUGUCGUUUAUUCAUGAUUUUCAAAGUCUAAUUUUAGGCACUCGGCUUUAAUGUCACGGUUUAUUGUUAAAGGGGGACUAUAGAUAGGAACUAGGGGGUCAAAUUAGCAGUCUUCAGGUGAAUUAUAUGAUCAGUUGGGGGACUUUUUGUGUAUGUAAAAUAUCUUCCUCGUGCAAGCCUGAAUAGUUUUGAUGUACGGUGAGAUAGGAGAGACCUCUAGUGGUGACUUUGUUUAACUUUAUCUUGUCUAACUGACUACUGGCUAUUGUCUCCCUUUAAUGCUUUAGUGCAAUAAAUGAAGCUUUUGAUUAGGGCUUGCUGUAUCAUAUUCGAUUAAGGUACACCACUCAUGUUUCUGUUUAUAAAUGUUUAACCUGGUUGAAAGAACUUGUUGACUUUGUCCUGGUUGUGAAAUCUUUUUCUGGCAUAUCAUGUAAAUAUUGACCUUUGUAGCGUAUGGAGAUUUCGAUGUCAGAAUGUUAUCCAAGGUUUGGAUUAUUGGUGUCCGAUUGUUAUAAGGUAAACCUCAGAUUUUAAAACCAUUAGCUUUUGUUGAUAUUGCAGACGUAAAUGAUAAUAUAUUUCAUGUAUUGAUAAUAUUUCCAAAGAGAAAUUUAUGGGUUUUCUCUCAAAAUGUAGUGCACUUCUCACCAAUCUGUCCUGAUUAGAGGGGUUGCAUUGAAUGGAAACAACCGAUUUUGGAUUAAACUAGUGUCCUUAGUAGUGUGUAGGUAUCAAACUAGGGAUUUUGAGACCCUCUCCCACUGUACGCACAUAAUCCUUAACUCUUUCAGUGCCCAGGAUUUGGGCAUUUUUGGGCAUUGUCACUACCCAAAAUCUCACAAAAAUAAUUGAGAUACACUCAUCAAAAUUCUUCAAAACCUUUGUCUUUACCUCCUGUUUCAAUAAAACAGCAGUAAUAACUAGGGGCAUACUAGGAUUAUGUUCUAAAUUUUUUUGAGGGAGUGGUAUUUUUGGCCGAUUUUCACCAUUUUUCACCUAAAAUGAGGGGUGGCAAACCCCACCCCACCCUCUCAGUCGAAAAAAUUAUUCAAUUUGGACGCCCCAGGCCAGAGAAACCAUAUGAACCACAUUUGAGUAGCUGGGGACAUCUGGUGUCGUCUGGAGGAACUAAAAUACCUUAAUAUUUAGGACGUACAUGUACGUCCUUGGCACUGAAAGAGUUAAUAGAGAGGCUGUCCUUAAUAGAGAGGUGUCCGCUAAAGGAGGUUCCCUUGUAUUAAACUUAUCCCACCACAUCAGUUUUUGGUUUUUCCACAUUGGUAAAACCUGCAUUUACUCAUAAUUUUUUUAACCUAUCCAUUCAGCUCUGUGUUUGUGUAUUCUUGUAUUCAUAAUGCACCCUUCCGCCUUGUCAAGUCAGUGUGAAUCAUGGAUGUGAUUUUUACCCAUAUCGAAAGCAAAAAAUCAUCCAUUUCCACGCAUGUCCCCUUCACAAUGUUCCUGCGCUCAACUUCAUCAAUUUCGCACACGGCGUAUCUCAAUAUUUCCAGUGUUUUGGGAAAUGAUCCAAAAUUUCCCAAGAUGAUGCCAUGCUGAAACCUUGUGGUGGUGACGAUGUAUUCAAUGGUUGCCAGUAAUAAAAUGCGUGAGAAUAUUUGGAGGAAAUUUGGGUGAAAAUCUGAUCCACUCGACACCAGUUUCUGUCAAAAUAGAAGGGUAUAAAUUAUAAUCAUUCUCUGUGCCAUUCUUUUCAUAAUGAAUCAGUAAAGACUAGUCUUUAUUUAUUCUUGAUUUCAUGUGUAUUUGAUCAGUGCUUAGAUGUCUCGAUAGAUAUUCGGGGUCAGUUGUGAUGUUUUUACCAAAUAAGGCAACCGCACAACAAAAUAGGAAUAGGAGUUCAUGAAUAUGAACACUGUUGAAAUGCCACUGUUUGAAUUUAUCAGUUGGGACCAAGUUAAAGAUACGCGUUUCCAGUUUUUCAUGUUGAUAAGUGUGUUCCAUUAAGGUCAUCUCUGGGGACAGGGUUUGCUAAUUUUGGAAAAUUGGUGCAUGGCUGUAUGAGGGUGUGCAUACCUGACCUUGAUGGAAGACCGUCCCUGCGGUGUUGGGACAAAAAGCAUUUCACCGUUUUUUUUGCAACUCUUCCAUCCAUUGGAACUUUAAUUAUGCUGUUUAUCAUAAUUGCUUCAUAGAAUUACGUGUAACUUUUGAAAAGUAAAUGUGUUUUUUGUGUCAAGGGUUAAGACCUGUGUGUUCUACACCAGUGGGAUUGUGUGUGAUUUUCAUAGGCAUUGGAAUAAUGGUGACCAGCUAGUGUGCAGGCAUCACGUACAAGCACAUGGGGUGAGAACUCUUACAGAGACGCACCCCUGCAGGCAUCUGGCCCAAACAAGCUUUGAAAAUGGGGUUGUGACCCUUCUGACAGCUCAGCUAAUGAUAUUGUACUGUAGAGCAAUAAGAUCAUUGUUAGGUUUGUUCAAGAACAGGGUGUCCCAAAAGAGUGUCACUCUGCAACCUGCGUCGGAUCCUUCGAUUCUGCUAAAAGCUUUUCUGCGGUGGGUCUGAAGCAUUUGUAGAUCUGUUUAAAAAUAUGAUGAAUUAUGUGUUCAAAUUUCGUUCUAGUUUGGGAAGCCAAGGAAAACUUGACUAAUUUUUGAUGGUAUUGUACGACACUCUUUUGGGACAGACUGCCAUUAUGUUGAUCAAUGUCAGAAUGUUCUAUCUUCUUUGUUGGGCUUUUCCUGAUCUAUUGAUGAUUAAACUAUUGUAAAUA